UCAAAAAGGCGAGUCGGUUACAAGUUGGUUUGGUGGAUUGAAGAAAACAAAAAUAUAUUCAAUGAAUUCAUAAAACGUAGAACCUGUAGAAUUACCCGUGAUGGACGCAAUGUUGUUAUUAAUUAUAAAAUCUAUUAAUCCACAGGGCUCUUAACAAAAUGCUCCGUGAAUCUAUAUAGUGACUCACAGGACUUUAUUUGUGUUUUCUUCAGUCUUAUAAGUGAAUCAAGUUAUAAAAUGGAUCAGUCUGCUAAUAAUAUUGCCGGGCUACUUCAUAAAUUGUGCGUGGGACUAUCCACGGAUCCAGAUGGUGCAUAUGAACUGGCAGUUUCGUACUUAUCAUCUACAGCAGAGAAGAGCCGAUCAGUGCAGGAUGAGAAGCUGCUGUGCCAGAAGAUACAGUCCCGAUUGUCUAACAUGUCCUCCAGAGACGCAGAUAAAUUUAAUGAGUGCUACGCUAAAUUGAAGAACUCUUUUAUCUUGAAGCAGAGGGUGUCAGUGUUGGCUCUACUGCUGGCUCUAUCUGAGGGCCCUCAGCAUUCUGAAUCAACCCACCAGCUCUUCCCUACACCUUUCUUUGCUGUAAAUAAAUCCAUAACUGGUUCAUCGGGCACCACAGGCUCGUCUGGUACCACUUCCAGCUCCAGCAAGCAGACAUUUGGCACUGUCAGUUGGGGUGGCAGCACCCCCAAGCAGAAGGGCUCGGAACAAAGCCUGCCUUCUAACAACAGCAAUGUUGCUAUAGUCUUGCAGUCUACUGAUCGGCCGAACGAGAGCGCUUGCGUGCGCGACGCAGUGCUAGCAGCGAUGGGCGUGAAGGCGCGCGGCGCAGGCGCGGGGCCGCGACCCAUGCAGGCGCUUUACGCGAGAGUGGCGCAUCUCGGUGUAUUACACGACCGACUCAAAGAGUUCAUCGAUCCUGCCUCUGGCCUCGUACCACAAGGUUUGAUGGGCGAGGGGCUCAUAGCAUCGAUCAGGGACGAGUUAACAGAGUACUAUCGUAGUGUCGCAUUGCUGCAAGAUCAGGCGUGCGACGGUGAUGGUGGUGCGGGCACACUGCGUCGAGUAUGCGUUUGGGCGCUGGAGCCGCUACACCGCCUCACUUGGCUCGCCAACAUCGCUCAUGCCGCUCAUCAUAAAAAAGGCGGUGAAUUAGCGUCAUGCGUGCACCGGUUCGUGCGUCACGGCGACGAGCGCGUGGCCAUGCUGGCGCGUCGGCUGCUCACCGCGCUCACGUACCCGCUGCUGCUCAUGUUGACGCGGUGGCUGCUACAUGGAGAAAUCGACGAUCCUUUCAAUGAAUUCUUCAUAGAGAGCAGGAGUGGCGUUCCUAUAGACAGGAUGUGGCACGAUAAAUUCAGAGUGAGGGAGUGGAUGGUCCCGUCGUUCAUGUCCCGCGAGCAGGCGGCGCAGAUCCUGGCCACGGGCAAGAGCGUGGUGUUCAUGCGCGAGGCGUGCGCCGACGAGCCCGCGCCCAGCGACCACGCGCACCAUCUGCAUGAUCUACUCAAGCCCACCAGCACAGACACGUCGGAGCCGGGCUCGGCGUGGUGGGAGUCGGAGGCGCUGUCCGCGGGCGUGCGGCGCGCGCACGGCGCGGCGUCGGCGCGCCUGCUGGCGGCGCUCACGUCGCACCACCACCUGCUGGACCACCUGGCCGCGCACCGCCGCUACCUGCUGCUGGCGCAGGGGGACUUCGUGCACCAUCUCAUGACGCUGCUGCAAGAGGAGCUGAACAAGCCGGCGUCGCAGCUGUACGUGCACAACCUGACGUGCACGCUGGAGGCGGCCGUGCGCGCCACCAACGCGCAGUACGAGCCGCCGCACGUGUUGGCCCGUCUGCACGUCAACCUCUACCCCAACUGCGACGGGCGCGACGACUGCGGCUGGGACGUGUUCGCGCUGCAGUACCGCGUGGACGGGCCGCUGGGCACGCUGUUCCCGGCCACGUGCGGCGCGCGCUACCGCGCGCUGUUCACGCAGCUGUGGCGCGUCAAGCGCAUCGAACACGGGCUGCACGACGCCUGGCGCGAGCACGCCAUACUGCACAAGCGGCUCAAGUACAUGCCUGAGGUAUUCAACCUGAUGCGCCGCGUGUCCUGCCUCCGCGCCGAGGCGCUGCGGCUGUGCGGCGCACUGCAGGAGGCGUCGAGCGUGGGCGCGGAGCCCGCCUGGGCCGAGCUGCUGGCCGCCGCGGCCGACAGGAGCGACCUGGACACGCUGCUGCGCCUGCACCACGCCGCGCUCGACAGGCACUCCAUACACGCUAUGAUACACCAUUCCACGCAGGAGCUGCAGUCGUACCUAGGCAACGUGUUGAACGAGAUCCUGGCGCUGCGACACUUCGAGGCCACGCUGCACGCGGGCAUCGUGUCCGAGCUGGAGCGCCGCGACGACAUUGAACAACUCAAGGCAGAGAGGCUCGCCAGAGGUGAAUACGCGUUCACAGCAGCGGACGAAACGCGUGACAAGGAGAAACGGAAGAUCUUUCUGCAAUUCCUGGCCAGCCGGAGAGCUGACUUGAACGUUUGGACCCGCUCCUACAGGGGUCACGUAACGACGCUGAUCCUGAAGCUGGCGCUGCACGAGGAGGUGUCGCUGCAGACGCUGGCGUUCCGGCUCGACUACAGCGACUUCUACAAGCGUGGGGACGCCAAGCUGCACCAGCCGCUCACGUACCAGCACAAGCGGCUCAGUGAGAUUGGCGUCGAUCUUGCCAAAAAAAAACUGUUAGACCGCACGAAGAAGUGACACGUCUUGCCCGCGGAGCCGGUGGCCGCCAGCUGCCCGCCCUGGUUGGGCCUGGUCUGCGCGCGCGCCACUUAGCCCGCACACACACUACUACCCCAAUAAAGACUUCCAAAUUUAUAAAAUCUACCUGGUAGUGUCUUACUUUAAACAAUUAAUUAUUAUUAAUUCUUUAAAACUUUAGAUAAGUGCACAACGAUACUGAGUCUCUAAGAUCAUGUUAACUAGAAAUCUCUAAUCAGCAAUCUUCAAAGAAAAAUAUGUGUCGUCGCGAAAAAGAAUUUGAUAAAUGUUACUAAGUCAGCCAUUCCAUUGGAUAAAUUGUUGUUAAGGCGUUGCUUGUGAGAAUAUGAUGUUAUUUUGGAUUGUUGUUCUGUAAAGUGUUGUUGCGGCAUGAUUAGAAAAAGAUAAACAGUAAAAAAGUGUGAAUAAGAAUAAUCGGAUUAUUAUCUGAAAGAAAAAUAACUUACGUUCUACAGAUAUGCUAACUAUUGACUUAUGAAGCACAUUAACAAAACACCAUUACUUAAUGGAUAACAACUUAAGAAUUGUAAUUUAAAAAAGGUGACAGCGAGCGUUGGAGGAGAAAGUUGUUACUCUUUGAUUAGUGCCAUUUGUUAACGAUCGAUGAACUGUCCUUCCCAUUUUUCCAAUAAACCUUUUUUAAUUAAAA